UUACGAUUAAUAAAUAUUUUUUAUUGCCUUUAUUAGUUUACUAAAAAUGAAAUGCCACUAGUUUAAGUUAACCAAAACAACAGUCUAAAGAUAUCAAAACAAGACAAUACGUAUGUAAAAACAGGACAGUUUCCAGAGUUGACUACAGUGCAUCACUUAUAACCAAAAUGCUAAAAUCAGUUUUCUUGUGUAUACUUCUACUCCAGUGCUAUAAGAGAUGCUCAAGUUAUGAUCACAGCUGUCAGGCUGUUGCUUGUGAUGAUAUUAGAAAUUACUGGCCAAAUACAUCAUCAGAUCAUUAUAAGAUAGUAGGCAAAGGAGGCACAACUUAUAAUAUCUACUGUGGACAAGACAGGUGUGGUUCAGGAGGGUGGACAAGACUAGCGUAUCUCAACAUGUCUGAUCCUACACAGAGUUGUCCUUCUGGGUUUAGACUGUACCAGUCAGGAGGAGUUAGAGCUUGUGGUAGACCAGCAACAAAUGAUGGUAGCUGUGCUUCAGUUCAAUUCCCAUCUAAUGGUAUUAGGUAUUCUCAGAUAUGUGGUAGAGUAGUGGGAUAUCAAUAUAGUUCACCUGAUGGACUGAUUGGGGGAAAUCAGGAUAACAUUAAUGGUUCAUAUGUUGAUGGUGUUAGUAUUACACGUGGAUCUCUUCGUAAUCAUGUCUGGACACUAAUUGCUUCAUGGUCACAUAAUUACUGUCCUUGUUCCACUGGAGGCAGUGCCUAUCCAGUACCACCUUUUAUUGAGACUCAUUAUUUCUGUGAAUCAGCCUCAGGUCAACUUUUUGCAAAUAUACUAUGGGAUGGUCAAGAUUGUCGUUAUAGUGACAAAGCUUGUUGUUCAGCUCCUGGUAUCCCAUGGUUUCACAGAGACUAUGGUAACACUACCACUACUGAUUACAUCGAGUUGAGGGUGUGUGGAGAUGAGGGAACUGAUAAUGAAGACAUACCUGUUGGAUACUAUGAGAUUUAUAUCAAGUGAACUAUUGUAAUUGUAUAAAAAAUAAACCUCAUUGCAUUAGCACUAUCAAUAAUAAUUCACAGGAUGUUAUGUAUACAUUAAUAACCUAUAAAAUUAAUUGCAGCAACUAAGCAAGUACUAUCCUAGCACACAUCAUGCCUUGAUAAUUUUGUCAUCCAUAAAAUGUAAUACUGAACUAAAGU